CGCCGCCGCCGCCGUCGUCGUCUGCUCUCCGUGCCGUACCCUCGGUCCCCGGCCGCGCGGAGCCGGGAUGCACUGCUCCUGCUGUGGGUCCUCAUCAUGGAGACCAAACGGGUGGAGAUUCCCUGCAGCGUCCUGGACGAUCUCUGCAGCCGAUUUAUUUUGCAUAUUCCCAGCGAGGAAAGAGACAAUGCUAUCCGAGUGUGUUUUCAGAUUGAACUUGCCCAUUGGUUUUACUUGGAUUUCUACAUGCAGAACACACCAGGAUUACCUCAGUGUGGGAUAAGAGACUUUGCUAAAGCUGUCUUCAGUCAUUGUCCAUUUUUGCUGCCUCAAGGUGAAGAUGUGGAAAAAAUUUUGGAUGAAUGGAAGGAAUAUAAAAUGGGAGUGCCAACAUAUGGUGCAAUUAUUCUUGAUGAGACACUUGAAAAUGUAUUACUGGUUCAGGGGUACCUAGCAAAAUCAGGCUGGGGAUUUCCAAAAGGAAAAGUAAAUAAAGAAGAAGCUCCUCAUGAUUGUGCUGCUAGAGAGGUCUUUGAAGAAACUGGUUUUGAUAUUAAAGAUUAUAUUUGUAAGGAUGAUUACAUUGAACUUCGAAUCAAUGACCAGCUUGCUCGUUUGUACAUCAUUCCAGGAAUUCCAAAAGAUACCAAAUUUAACCCGAAAACCAGAAGAGAAAUUCGGAACAUUGAGUGGUUCUCCAUUGAGAAAUUGCCCUGUCAUAGAAAUGAUAUGACCCCAAAAUCCAAACUUGGUUUGGCACCAAACAAAUUUUUUAUGGCCAUUCCUUUUAUCAGACCAUUAAGGGACUGGCUUUCUCGAAGAUUUGGCGAUUCCUCAGAUAGCGACAAUGGAUUUUCCUCAGCUGGUAGCACACCAGCUAAACCCACUGUGGAAAAAUUGAGUCGAACCAAAUUCCGCCACAGUCAGCAAUUAUUUCCUGAAGGUUCUCCUGGUGACCAGUGGGUAAAGCACAGGCAACCACUGCAACAAAAACCAUAUAAUAAUAAUCAUUCUGAAAUGUCUGACCUUUUAAAAGCAAAGAGUCAAAGUAUGAGGGGAAAUGGCAGAAAACAGUAUCAAGAGUCACCUAAUCAAAAGAAAAGAACAAAUGGGGUCCACAGCCAGCCAGGCAAGCAGCAGAACCCCUUGAUGAAAUGUGAAAAAAAACUUCAUCCACGAAAGCUUCAGGAUACUUUUGAAACAGAUGCUGUAUAUGACUUACCUUGCUCCGGUGAAGACCAGUUGCUAGAACAUGCCGAGGGCCAGUCUGUGGCAUGUAAUGGACGUUGCAAGUUCCCCUUUUCAUCCAGAGCCUUUCUGAGUUUCAAGUUUGACCAUAAUGCUAUAAUGAAAAUCUUGGACCUUUGAUAGCAACAAAUGUGUUGUGGAAGUCUCAAGAUCAGAGACUUGUUGCAUUUGAGUGGGUGUCUCUUUGAGCCUUACCUUUCUCAGGUGUUUUAAAGAAAUGCAGGGAGGCAGUGAUGUUUCUGAAGAGAUGUUCUAUGUGCAGAAGAGAGAGUAGAAAGAAACAUGAGUUUGCACUGUAAAUGCAGUUAUAACUUUUUAUACAUAUGUACCCUUUCAGUGUUUGGCUAAUGAAUUUAAGUUGCUUUUUAUGAGGGCAUUUUUUUCUGUGUGAUUAUGGUUUUUAUUUUGUAUUCUGGUUAAGAAAAUAGUGUUUGAGUCAUCACUAAUAGCUAAGUUAAUGGGAAUGCUCCAUCAACCCAUUACAGUGAUUGUAUUGAUAAUACUAGUUUCCUUAUAUUGAAAAUUUUAAAAGAAACUUAAAAUACACAAUUAUUAAAUGAAUACAAGAGCUGAAAUGUCACAGAAGUCAAGAUUGCAGGUCAUCUGCUUUGGUGGCAUUUUGUGCCUAUCUCUGCUUCUAACCACUUAGGUUUUCUAAUCGUCCUCUGCUAGGAGUUUUUUUAAGGUUUUAUUUAGAGUCAGCAUCUGCUAUAUAAUGUUCAUGUUCAAAAUGAACUCUCAGCACUUCAUUAAAGGACAAAGUCCUCAGCCUGGAGAGGGACUGAGUUGGUUGGGCGGGGAGUUGAUGCUCUGAUUUUGAAUUGUGCUGUGUGCAGUCAGUGAACCUGGGAGACCGUGAAGAGAGGGUAGUGGGGAGAGAGCAUGGGGGCUGGGACCCCGAAACUGCUUUGGUCACAUCUGCACCAUCCUGCUGCCAGCCCCUUAGUAUCAUAUGAUGAUUUUGUUCUUGUGAAACUUUAUUCUAUAUUAAGUUGUGUAAAUAUGUAUGGAAUACUGACAUUAUUAGGUUUUACAUUGCAUCUCAGUGUUGAUCUCUGGAAACUGAUGUUAUUAUUAGGUUCCAAUUUGCAGUAGUAGCAGAGACUGACACACUUUUAUUAGCAUGAAGCCCCUAGAUGAUGGAGCCAAAGGGAAGGGUAUGCAGUUUACCCAAGUACAGAUAAAGCAUUUCACUAGGGGAGGAUCAGAACACGGCAGUAACGUGUAAUUCACUCCUAGGAAUGUAUUUUGCUCCUUUAGGAUUCUUAAAUCCAAAUAAGGAUGGCAGUGCCCAUUUAAAGAAGGAUUUUAGCUAUAUAAUUGAGGACAAUCACCAGGGCUUUAAGGGGCUUUAGUGUUUGGGCUGCUUCUAACCUCAUUGAAGGUGUUUCUUUCGGGGUUGGGGGGAGAGUGUGAGCAUAUGCGUGCGUGUGCUUCUGUCAUGUGGGUUUUAAAAAUCUUUUUUACAUGUGGUAUCCACAAAAUAUAUCUCUGCUUGUAAAUUU